UCGCAGUUUUGUUUUUUUUUUUAUUCAAUGUACAUUAUUAAACAGCAAUUAUAAGCGUUUAAUUAAUAGCAGAUAUGUUGGUAAUUUCUGACGUUUAACAAUUGAAAAUACAGUGAAUUUGAUAAAUAAAAUAAACAAACAGUUUGUUAUGUUUUCAUUUGUUGUUGGGGUGAGCAGAUUGAGUUACUUUUGACCGUGAGGGAAAAAUUAACAGCUGUUUGAGCAUAGUAUGCUUCGUAUUGUGCCGGCUGUCGUGAAGUACCUCGCCGGUUAUGGGGCAGCUGUUGACUUCCAAACCCAUGUUAUGAUAUCCUAGCACCACUAAUGCGGGAGGCUGCGUCGAAGACGAUAACUCUCGCAUAGACUACAAGUCGGAUAUGUCAGCAUUCAACUCAAACUAGUGUCUCGUUUGAUAACGAUAGCACGCGUAAAUCCAUUGCGUCUGACGGUCUGAGCCUGGGCUGAUAACCGUUCGGUCACACUGUGUAGAAUCGUGCGCGCACGCAGACGUGUUUCGUGUUCGAGCUACAUUGACAGUACGUAGUGAGUUCCGUUUGAAUGUGCAGUGUUCAUUGUUAAAAUGCGUGCGGAAGACCUCUGGUCAGGCCUGGCUUUGAGCUGGGUAGUGACAUUAGUGGGGUGCCACUCCCCGGGGAGCGAAUUGGAGUCGGUCCGCUACGGGCCCGGGGACGAACGCUUCACGAGCGACACUUAUACUAUUGCGAACAUAAACAUUACAUACGAAGACGAGCACGGCGAGAUCUAUAGAGAUACAUCUGAGGUGAGAAAGACACACUUCGCAAGUCAAUUCACCGGUAAAUAUGGCGAGGGCUACAUAGGGUCAGCUCGCGGUAUGGCGGUGCACGUCCGCGCCAGGGGGCCGGAGGGGGAACACGACCACACGGGCUGCAAGUGGCCACUGCUCUCCGUCGCCGCGCCGCAUGACCCGCUGCCCAGCGAACCCUGGAUAGCUGUUAUUCGCCGAGGUAGCUGCAAUUUCGAGAUCAAGGUGCAGAACGCGUGGCGGGCGAAUGCGUCGGCGGUUCUCAUUUAUAAUGACAGGGACACAACUCUGCUGGAGAAAAUGAAGCUAUCCACUGACAAUGGACGUAACAUAAGUGCAGUAUUUAUAUACAAAUGGAAAGGGGAAGAAAUCACUAAGCUGGUGGACAAUGGUACCCGAGUAAUGGUAGCGAUCAUCAAAGGCCGGACCUUUACACAUAUCAACAAUAAUAUUAAUAAGACGUCGGUGCUGUUCGUUUCGAUCUCAUUCAUAGUGCUGAUGGUGAUAUCGCUGGCGUGGCUGGUGUUUUACUACAUCCAGCGCUUCCGAUACAUACACGCUAAGGACAGGCUCUCUAAGCGACUGUGCUGCGCUGCUAAGAAGGCUCUAUCAAAAAUACCAGUCAAGAGUUUAAAGACUGAUGACAGGGAGGUGCAGGGUGACGGCGAGUGUUGCGCCAUUUGUAUCGAGCCCUACAAAGUGUCGGAAACGCUAAGAUCUCUUCCUUGUAGACACGACUUCCACAAGAACUGCAUCGAUCCAUGGCUACUGGAGCACCGCACCUGCCCCAUGUGCAAGAUGGACAUACUCAAGUACUACGGCUUUGUGGCGGAAAGACAAGAAAGGGCGCGACAAAUAGUGAUUGCCCCAAUUCUCCAAUAUUACGACGAUGUGUACAUUUAUCCUUCCGCAUGGAGGUCCUUAUACAUUCACGGGCAGCCAGGAGAGCAUCCUGCAGCUGGACGUGGAGGAGGCGCGCAGCCGCGCGCUGUCGCCCGCGCUGUCGCCCGCCCGUACAAGGCAUCCGCUCAAUUUGUUGUCGAGCGAGGGCUCGGCGGGCGGGCGCGGCGACAGCGCGCGCAGCAGUCGCGCCGCCUCGCCCGACCAGCUCGUGCCGCGAGACGACAUGCAACACGGACCCGAUAACGAAGAUUCACCAAGCGAACAUAACGAAGACUGUUCGCCCGAAGAGAGCUCCGGCGCGGGCCCCAGCGACUGAUGCCGCGAGCUCCCCCCUCCGUGCCAAAUACCCCCCCAGGGAUGUCCCCCCUAGGAAUUAUCACGCUAGGAUGUCCCCCUAGAAUACCUGCCCCUGGGACUAAGCUAGGAUAUCUCACCAUGGACAAUCCUCUUUAGGAUGCCCAGGGUCCACCGUAGGAUACCCGCUAAGAUUUCCUACUAUGCUUGUGGUCAGAACAUCUCGUGGGACCUUCGUUAAGACAUCUAGGUUACCCGAGGCAUAGAUAUCCUCAAGGAUGCCCGCUGGUUGCACGUUCCCGGGAUACAUGCGCUAGAAUCCUCCCAAGGGAUAUGGUCUGACUGGUGAGGACGCGAAAUUAUCCACCUUAUGAUUGUAAGACAUGGAACACGAGAACAUAUAUCCA